CCCCAAGUAGAAGAAGACGAAGAAGAAGACCGUAUUAGCUUCACCUACAGCUAAGCUAGCGUUUCGCCUAGCAAAGCCAGUGACAGCUCCUAAUUGAUAGUUACAUUCUUCUUCUAGGUCGUUACAAAAAAAUAAAUAAAUGCUGUUUUAUUAAAGCAUUGAAGUGGUGAAGUAAAAUCGUUUGGUAAAAUGACGAAUUAUGCUCAUUUUCAAACACAGAUAACCACCAUUAUGGAAAUCAUGACAAAGUCAGCGAUAGCAGAAAUCAUCAAACUUUUUGACGACAGUUCCUCAGUUUUGUGUUUGAAAAUAUCUAGGAGUUUACAUGAGAAUCGAGCGCUGAAAAGGAAACUACAGUCGAUGCAGCAUGAGCUGAGGACGGCGCGAAGGCAGAAAGAGGGAAUAGCAGGAGCGCCUGAGGGUCCUGUCAACAAUCGAUCUGUUGGAGUUCAAGUUCUCGAGAAUAGUGUGGAAGAGCCGCGCAGAGGGAGAAUCUUUGGGCUGGAGGGGAGCUUCAGUCUGAGGAGAGAUGGAGAACCUGCAGGUGUGGAACAGAAUAAUCUCUUGGGUCCUCUGCUACAGUCUGCAAGCAUGGAGAAGGUCAGACCUGAACCAGUUCUUAUCAAGGAGGAGAGACUGGAAGAGGACUUGUGUUACAGAGAUCACAAACCAGCAACAAAGGAACAGGUAACACAGCCCACAAUUGCAACAGAGGAACAGGUAACACAGCCCACACUUGCAACAGAGGAACAGGUAACACAGGCCACACCUGUAGAAGAUGGGAAGAAACUGGACACAGAGCCCACACCUGCAGGAGACCCAGAGGAGCUGAGUGAGCAGCACAGGUGUGAACACGGUGAUGAGGAGCUCAGUGGACUGGAGUUUGUGGUGAAGGCAGAGCAAGAGGAACAGCAUGUAGCCCAGAGACUCAAUCAGACAGGAUGUGAACACAGUGCAGGAAGACUCAACAAUCUGGGCUCUGAGUGUGUAAUGUAUGAGAGAGACAGUCAGCUGUGGACUUCCUUAGCACAAGGGGACAGUGACAUAGAGCCUGAUGAUCCAGUUUGUGUUAUUGCUACUGAACAGUGCUCAGAGAAUUUGUCAAUUCACACACAGCUCCAACAGACUCCUGCCACCAUGGAAGUUUCUGGAAGCACACUGUCCUCUUUUGGGCCUUCAUAUGUUGAGGAGUUUGAUAAGAUGAGUGAGAAGCUGUCUGUUUGCAGUGAGGAGCUCCGAUCAGAGGCCAUUCACACACAGCAGGGUCAGUACAGAGAGAGACUUGUGCACACAGUGGAGAGAGAGAAUCAGACAUUACUGCCCCAGCAGCAGCACCAUGGACCCUCAGUAAAACACAUGAGAGGCAGCGAGAGCCCAGCCCAGCCACACUCAGGCUCUCAGUAUGAGACCGGCUCUACUCUGAGUACCAGCGUUUUCAGUGCUGGGAAGAAGGAUGCGACUCAUGGACAACCUGACUUUGGAAAGAAACCGUUCAUUUGCAUAUAUUGUGGGAAGAGUUUUAAUUGCUGUAGUCAUCUCAUCUCACAUCACCGAAUUCACACAGGGGAGAAACCAUACAGUUGUGCACAGUGUGGGAAGCGUUUCAGUCACAAAGGUAAUCUUGUACAACAUGAGCGGGUUCACAGUGGGAAUAAACCAUUCGGUUGCACACUGUGUGGAAAGAGGUUUGCUCGUGGACCUGAUCUUAGAGCACACCACAGAAUUCAUACAGGAGAGAAACCGUAUCACUGCACGUACUGUGGGAAGAGUUUUGCUCGCCAGUGUAAUCUUGUUGUGCACCAGAGGAUUCACACAAGAGUGAAACUAUACAGCUGUAUCUAGCGUCCGACUACUUUUUAAAAAGUCAUAGACCUUUUAAACUGAACAGAUUUCACUGGUGAAACUAACCGCUUUGAUUAGAAUGAUAGGCAUUAAUAAGCUUUGUAUUAGCUUUGUGUUACAGUUUGAGUUAUAAAAAACUGUGCUGACAAAAUUCACGAAGAUACAUGAUAAUACAUCAAGCAUCAAUGUUGUCUUUCAUAUGGCUUUAAUAAAAUGAAACCGUUUUAAUUGGAA